AGGACCGGAAGUCGGCGGCGCGUGGGGCAGCGGGCGGCAGGGGAGGAUGCAGGCGGGCGGCGGCGGCGCUGCUGGCGGCGGAGGGUUCGGGCCCGGCCUGGCCGAGGUGGGCCCCUUCGGCUGGUACCCGCCGCCCCUCCGCCCGCCGCUCUUCUGCCCCCCGCCUCCCCCCUGGGAGUCCGGCUUCUGGCCGCCGCACGACGGAUACGCCCCGCCGCCGUGGUACCCUCCCGCCUACCGGGAGCCCCCCCGGGGCCCGCAUGCUGGUGGGAAUGGAAGCUUUCCUCACGAUUGGCAAGGAGAGCAAGCGCCCGCGUUUUGUAAGCGUUCUCCCGCUGGAAACGCCAAGCAGAAGAACAAAAAGAAAAAGGAGCCAGUGUUCUCUCACUACUGCGAUACCUGUGACCGUGGCUAUAAAAACCAGGAGAAGUAUGAUGAACAUGUUUCACAACAUACACAGUGCACAGAAGAAGGCUGUAACUUCAAUGCCCAUGAAAAGUUGGUUCAGAUUCACUGGAAGAAUGUACAUGGACCUGGUGCUAAAAGAAUAAAAUUAGACAGUCCAGAAGAGAUUGCAAAAUGGAGAGAAGAAAGAAAAAAAAAUUUUCCUACAUUAGCAAACAUUGAGAAGAAGAAGGUGAUGCAGAUGGAGAAGGAAGAAAGGGGAGAAGUCCUGACUACCCCACAGUUUGGCAAAAUGAAGGGAAUGUGGAAAGCUGAAGAUGAGAGGCCUGGGCAGCAAGGAAGGCAGAGGAGGAAACAGAAGCGCCAGUUCUGGAAGAAAUUUAAGAAAAAUGGUGGUGAUGAUAACAUAUCGUCACAGAGAAAUCAAAAUGAAGCUAAUGGACCGGAAAACAGCAUGUGUGGAAAAGAACAUGAGAAGCAGCCUGUUUUGGAGGCUCAGCCAAGCAUGAAGGAUGUGGACCCUCUCAGUCUUCUGGCAAACAGUGAUGUUGACUCUGACAAGGAUGAGGAAGCAGCUGAAGAUGGGAAGUUGGGUAUGACUGUUGUUCCCAAGCAGGUCACCUCAGCCCUGAGUUCGUUGUCAGCCAAUUAUGGCAGUGCCUCUGAGAGUGAGCCUGAAGAAGUCUCUGUCAAGAUUGCAACAAAAGCUGAGGAAAACCAGGCGGUGCUCAGAACUAUGCCUCAAACUACAGAAGUUCAUCAGAAUCCAAAGCUGAAUCAAGAGCAUCCAGAAUCUGUGGACACAACGUUAAGAACCUCAAGUACAAAUGCAGGUUCCCCCAGAGGCCCUGAUAAACGGGUGAAGAAAAUGUUACCUCUCCUUCCAAAGCGUCGUCCAACCCUGCUGGAAAUGUUACUGGCCCAGGACAUCCGGCACGAAAGGAAUGUUAUUCUGCAGUGUGUUCGGUACAUUGUACGGAACGAUGUGUUUGGACUUCACUUAAAAGCAGAACCCGAAGCUGGAACAGAGACUGGACAACCCUCUAAAACCACAGUAGAGACUUCGACAGACAAACUUGACGGUUCUCAUCAUUCUUGUAGCACUGACCUUCAGUUACGAGGAGAAAAAGAUGAAUUAGCACAUGGUGAGGAAGCACCCAUAGGUCAGACAUCACGGAUAACUCACCCAGCAGAUGAGGAGACGUGGGAAACCCCAGCAAUUCAGUGUGAAGAAGCACUGUAGGAGAUGUCUGUGCUGGACAAUAAAACAAAGGCUCAGCUUUUCUACCUGACACUUCCAAAAAAUAUUGGUCUGACAAUAACUAUUAAAGUGUAUACUGAGAACUGUUAAAACCGUGUUUCUGACCUGCUCUGCCUGAGGUUACCAUUUCCUUGUGAAAACAGCAGCUGUGUUGAGCAAUUGCAUUUCCCCAUGGCUGAAAAGCAGCAGUGACACAGGGUGAUCUUUCCUAGAGUAGGUGUGGAUCCCUGCUUUGGAGCUUCAUUGCUCUGAUUGCUUUCCUUUGUGGACAGCAUCAGUCCACUGCCAGAGCCAAAGCAGUGUUAGGGUGGAUCCUUUUUGUGUGAAAUUAUGGCCUAGAGUGUUUGUGAGUAUCUGAGUGUCUAGAAUUACUGGAAUGUUCUUCUGAAGCGAUAUCUGUUGCAUUUUUCAUGUUACUGGGCUGAAGUAUAAAUGAAGAGAUAACUGACCUGGCUCUAAAAGCUUGCACCAGGAGUCUCCCCUUCUCUCUACUAAUUGAGUAGAGCAGAGAAAUAGGAACAAGGGUGCAGACUGAUGCAAGAACCUUUUUUAAAAAGCAUAAAAAAUAAAAAUAGUAAAUAUUUAACUGCUUGUGUCAGUGCUAGAUUGAUGUUUGACCUCAGAUACCCAUUGUUAAAUCACAGGCCUUAACCCCUGUUAUAGUCAUUACCAGACAGAUUUAACUCUUGAAGCAAGCUCUUGGUGUUGAGAAUGCUAAGUUUAACUUACCUAAGUUUGAAAAGUUUACUAAGUUACUUGCUUGUCCCUCUUUAAUAUACUUGGGGAAUUUAUUAGUCUGGAAAAAAUGUCUUCCUUGGCACAUUGUUCUGAUAUUUAUGAUUGUACGUUACCUAGUGAUUCUUGAUGAAUCUGUGCAUCCUUCUGUGUGGCUGUACAUAUGAACAUUAGAACAUGUGAACAUUAGAAAAAGAACCAGAACAAAGCCAACCAAUCAGCCAAGGUUUUGAAAUGAGUUCAGUCUUAACACUGUGCAUUUGAGUCCCUGUGCAGGUGCUAAUUUGUCACAGUGACAUGGAAACCAUGUCAUGAACGUAAUCUAUUAUCAAAUCCUCCACUUCAAAGUGUUUUGCUGCACUUCAUCUUUUAGUCAUGGUUAAAUGUUGGAAAUGAAUAUACCUUCUCAGGGAUUGAUUUUGUUUUUUUUUGGGUAGGAGUCUAGCCUUCCAUUCCACCACCUCAAACAGGGAGACUCACGUGGCUUUUUUUUGUUGCUUAAUUGUAUUUUCUGUCCUCUAGUUCCUUAACUUUUAACUUGUGCCAUACAUCUCACUUGUGGCGUAUAGAAAACGAGAAAUAGCUGAAAACUCUGUCCCACUGCUCUGCUCUUUAUAGCUACAACUGCAUAUUGUGUUUGUAAUGCACUGUCUAAAUUUAUGGAAUUAUAUAAAUAUCAACACCCUUGUAAAAGUUGCGUGUCUCAAGGAUGUGUAAAUAGACUGGAGCAGUGAUCAUAAACAUAUUUCCAAGGCAGAUGAUUCAUUCUUCCCAUGAUGGUCCCACAAGCCAUCUCAGUCAUACUGACUUGCAUACGGCUCUUAGAUCUUUACUGCCAUGGAAAUAGCAGCAGAGGACUCCGCCACAGAGAUUUGGCACUUGGGCAGAACCUGAUUUCUGAGGGGGUUGGUACCAGUGCUGUUGAACACAUGGGUAACAACUGCACACAUGCAGGGAAAAAAAAGAAAGGGAGGUCUUGGAAUUGCCAUGAAACUGCACUUUAAUCAACCCUGAAUGUGCUUCUAUCCCUGUUGAGUUGAUGGCAGAGCUUUCUUUGCCUGUAUGCUCUGCCCUGUGUAAAAAAAAAAAAAAAA